AAGUUCUACGCCUCUCAUCUCCAUACAAUAUAAUGUUAGAAACCAUGCCCAGCAUACCAAGUCUCAUCGCCAAGCUUAGAAUCUCAGCAUCUAUUUCCUACGCAGAGCCGAUACUCUAAUACUCAUUACAUGACUAGCCUUCCGUGGUAGCAGUGAUGAUUUCCAACUACGGCCGCAAAUUCGCCUUCAUACUCUUCACCCUCAUCCUCAUCGGCCUAUCUGUCGCUGCCGUCGUGCUUAAAACCUCAAGCAUCACGUUCAUGAAAGAGGAAUCCGGCACUUCCUUCUUUUCCGACAAUGUCACCAGCAACCAGAUGCACCAGAUAUGGGUGCUCCCCGAGAAUCUCUACCGCACACCCACCAAGUUCGUGAUCGGGACUGCGAUAACCUCGAUCGUUAUUAGUGCACUCACGCUCGCAUACAUGGCCAUGCACAUCCGCGAUGCUAUUGCAUCCCUCCCCCCACCAACAGCUCUCGUCGCCUUCGUCGCUCUCUUGCUCAACGCUAUUCUCGCCCUCGCAGCAAUGAUAGCGCUGCAAACCACCCACGAAUUCUCCGCUCAAUUGAUGACUGAUCACAACUCCACUCUCCCCGCCGGGGUUUACGACUCCAGCACCUUCGACCUCGAGACCUGGGCCUGCGAGGUAAAGAAUGUAAAAGAUGUAUCGAGAUUCAUGCACGAUAGCCUAUCGAAUCAGUGUCGGGUUGAACGGGCUGGGAGACUGGUUGUGGUUUUCUGGAUGCUGACCCCAGUCGUGGUGGCUGGUAUGGCAGGGUGGAUGCUUUGGGGGGUAAAGAAGGGGCUGGGUGGGAAGGAUGCAGGACAGGGAAACAAAAGGGGGUGGAAAGAGUGGAUUCCUCUGAAUUGGUGGAAGAGCGGGCGUGUGAGACAUAUGCCGGCGCCAGUGCCUUUAGAGAGGAGGCCAUAUUCGUCACAGUAUAGUGCUGCGAAUCGGUCGGCCGCAUAGGAGGUUUACGACAUUCGAAUAGGCUGAUCGAUGAAUGCUAGAUGGUAUUUGGAAUGGUUAAAAAGAGUAUGAAGUGGACAAAUUGGAGGAUAAACUGAUACAAGUAUAGAUAGAAGAGUCGGCUACUGAAUGAAAAGUAGGAGCCGGUAUCCUGCAACAUCGAAGCUCGAGGGGCUAUGAUUAUCCACCAAUUAUUAUACAACGAGAAUUUUAGAAAGAAUCAAGGAAAUCCAGG